GGGGGAGUGGAGCCGCGGUGCCGCCCGCUGCCGGUAAGUGCCGCCCGGCUGGGGGCAGCGGGAGACCCCCGGCAGUGAGCUGGGAGCGCUGGCUGUUCCUCCUCGAGCUCUCGUUGCUGGGGGCUUUCCACGCGGGUUGGGGCUUUGCGUGCUCGGGGGUGGGGGUUUUGUACCCCUAGGGAUGCGCAGCUCGCCAGUGGGGAUUCUGCAGCCCGCAGGAUGUGGGGUUUUGAAUCUCAAGGGAUGGCGUUUUGCACCCGCGCAUCACCGGGUUUUGCGGGGGGGCUGCGGGUUUGCAUCUUGGGUGCUGGCAGCCCCAGGGUUGGGGGUCUGUACCCCACGUCUUCAUGAUCUGCAGCCCAGCAGUUGGGGUUUCGCAGACCUGGAGUUGUGAGCUUGCAUCCCUGCAGGUUGGGGUUCACAGCUUGGCUUUUGGGGUUUUGCACCCCCGACACCUGUGGGCACUCCCUCGCAUUCACACUGCGGGUUUAACUUUGCAUUGAGUUUUCCUGCUGCACGCCAGCUGCUUGGAGAAGUGCAGCAGACUCACUUCUGCAGGGUUUGAUGCACGGCGGUGGAGCAGACGAUGCUCACAUGCAGCUCAGCUCCAAGCACUGAGUGGGAAUGGACUCCGGUGUCCUGCAUGCUGCACCCCACUGCUGCUCUAUGAUGCUGCUACGAUGCUUCACCUGGCUGUGGCCAUGGUCAAGUUUGAAGAUGUAUCCUGCAUUAAGCAGCUUGCUGUUAGAUUCUCACUAGGAAAGACCUUCUAAGCCAGCCUGUACCAGUAAUUAAGGUGCUACUCGAACAUCAUAGAGAGACUGCAAAGACAGACUCGGAGAGCUGAGUUCUCCUUGAAGUUUUAGUGCAGUGUGUGCUCACAGAUCAUCGCUGGAGCAGCUGUGUGAGAGCUUGUAAUGGCCAGGAAGAACUUCAACCAGCGUAGCACGUUGUAUCAGACACUUCUGAGCUGCUGACCAUGGGAUGGUGAUGGCAGAGGCACAGCAGGCUCUUAACAGUGGGAAGAUGCUGAUGGACAAAAAUGAGUCGUGGCUCUCUAAUUUCUCUUCUACAUCAUCCUUUGUGAAAGGAGCUGGCAGAUGGGCAGGGAUCGGCCUCCAGGAGGUGGCCGUCGGGCUCAUACUCACCCUCAUUGACUUGGUCACACUCCUGGGAAAUACAGUAGUCUUUAUUUGCCCGGUGGUGGAAAAGAGGCUGCGGACUGUCACCUACAUGUUUAUCAUGUCCUUGGCCAUGGCAGACUUCCUUGUAGCUUGCCUUGUCAUGCCGUUCAGCAUUAUUUACGAGGUGACGGGGAUGUGGUUGUUUGGGAAGCUGUUCUGCAAGGUCUGGAUCUCCUUUGAUGUCAUGUUCUGCACCGCUUCCAUUGUCACUCUGUGCUUUAUCAGCUUGGACAGAUACUGCUCUGUGGUGACCCCAUCCCACUAUUCCAGAAGGAUGUCCCGUGGCAGAUGCAUUGUGAUGACCUGCACAGUCUGGGUAUACUCCUCCCUUAUUUCCUUCCUUCCCAUCAUGCAGGGCUGGAAUGAGAUGCCCGGGGUGGACUUUGAUGCAGGCAGAGAAUGCAUCUUUGUCACCAACUGGAUUUUUGCCAUCGUAGCAUCUGCUCUUGCGUUUUUCGUCCCCUUCAUGGUCAUGUGCAGUAUGUACUUCUUCAUCUAUCGAGCUUCCCGGCUCAAGGCCACUCGUGUCAUGUCUCAGACCCUGGAGAUCCACUACCACCCUAACAGCAAGCGGCAGAACCACCUGCAGCUGGAGAACAAAGCCACACGGACCAUUAGCAUCAUCAUUUCUGUCUUUGUACUGUGUUGGCUGCCGUACUUUGUCCUGAACGUGUGGCUUGCUGCCAGGGGCAGCAACUCUGCAAGCACAGUCCUGGUUGAAACCUUCAAGGUCAUCACCUGGUUAGGGUAUUGCAACUCCACUAUCAACCCAAUGCUCUAUGCUUUCCUCAACAGGGAUUUCCAGCGAGCUCUGAGGAAGUUGCUCAUCUGCAGGCACAGGUCUCAGGUGGACAUUGGAGAAGACAUGGUUUCCAUAGCCACCUUUACCAAGACUGCUCCAGACUUGGAUUAUAGCAUUACAGUGCCAGUACCCAAUGAUGCCCAGAAGGGCAAGCCCAAGCCAUAGCGUUCAGAACCAGUUGCUGGAGGAGGUGGUACAGAACAUGCAAGACUGUGUCCUAAUGGAAAAAUAAAUGUCUUGAAAAUAGGGGAAGAAGGGACUGGAAUAUGACAGCUGCAGGCAUAUGGUUAAAAUGCAAUUAUUCUACAGUUCUAAGAACAAGGACCACUUUGUUACAGCAAAUGGAGCAAAUUCCUUCCUGGGUAAUUAUUUUUUAAAAUGAGUAUUUCCUAAGACAAAUUCAAUCUUCAUGCUAGAGAAAUAUUUCAGCAUGAUAACAUCAACUUGACUCACUCUGUAUACAUCGUGGUCAUUUCCUACAGCUUAAGUUGGAACGGUCUUUCUGAUCUAGCAAUUGUAGCUCUUAUCUUGCACUUUGCAUUAUAAAUUUAACCAGUUUUUGUAGUGCAACGGGAGGUGAUGGGAAGGAUACGGCCAAAGAGCAGAGGUUGCUGUUCACUAAAGGCAGCAUAGGGCUCAGCUGCAUGCUCUCUGCAGUCUGAGCUGCAGGUUACAGGUGCCCAACACCAGCAAAGCUACUUCCCUGUAAUGCACUGUGAUGUCUGUGCAGCUAUGCUACGAGCUGAGCUAUACAGUACUGAUGGACCACACACUUGUAAAAAAGUUGAGAUACCUCAUGCCUUGCUUCCUGCUGUCUGUAUCUCCUUUCCGUGCAGCACUGGGCAAGUACAGGACAGGAAAGUAAACACCAGUUACAGAUACGGACUGCCAGUUGUAGCUGCAUUAGACUGCCACCUGCAGUACACAGAUGCAGGUUUUGAACAGAAGCGACUACUACUGUUUUAAAUACAAAAGUUUAUUAAAUCAUUUAGACUUUAAAUAAGUCACAAUAAUCAAUGCACUCAACAAUUAUAGCGAGCGCAUUCUGUACACCACCAACCCAAAUGGAUUGAUUCCGUAUUUUAUAAAUAAAAAUUAACAUAUUUACAAUGAGAAAUAAAAGCACGGCAUUAGGCAGUUAAAUUAGCAGAUUACACAAUUGCCUACCAGUUGAUUUUUCUUUUUAAAGUACAAAUCUACAAGAUUACAUACGACACGUAUGACUUCAUUAGGUUUAAAUUGUCAGAAUCACAACAUCUUUGUACAUAAUUUUUACUAUGGCUCUUCCAACCAUUGCCUAUCAGCCCUCUUUUAAUGGCAAAAAGCUCCUCUCCCUUCCCUACAGGUUUAUCUGUAUAAAAUGCAUUCCCUAAGAUCUACUACAGCGUAGAAAUACGAAAAAAAAUUCCUCUAAAGACUGACUAUGGAGAGUGACAGUAUGUACAGUUGUGGUGAUUUUUUUGCUUUAAAAAUAGUGCAGGUUCCCAGUUUACCUACCAGGGACAAAAAAUGGAGUCAUUGUUUUGUGGUUUUUCUUUUGUUUUCUUUCUUUUUUUUUUUUUUUCCAAAAUCAUCUUCAUUUCACCGAAGAGCAAGUGAUUCAGAUAUACACUCACUAGGCUUAGAGACUGUAAUUUGCUCUAUAAAAAUACAGUAUUUUAAUUCUAUUUACAUGUUACAGAUCUCUCACUUACCCAGCAAGCAGAAUAUACAAGCUUCAGGAAAAAAAAAAAAAAAAGUAUAAAAAAAAUCUUCCAGAAAUCCCAACCCCCCCCCCCAAAAA